AUGGAGGCAGCGGCAGGGGCGUCGACGGUGGUUGCCAGCAACGGUCCGCUCGAUGAGACAUUUCUCUGCGCCAAUUUGGAGUACUUGGCGUCACUGCACCCACCCGCCAUCACUCCGGUGCUGCCGCUGCUGCACGGCGGGGCGGGGCCGCUCCCGCACGACUUUACGCCGACAUCGCCCAUCGUCUUGCAGGUGAACGCAGUGGAGGAUGUGUCGCUCCCACUGGCACAGCGCCUGCGUGCGCUGGUGCCGGCAGAAGGAGCAGAACAGGAAGAGAAGCCACAACAGGGGACGGAGCAGCAGACAAGUGUAGAGGAAACACUGCGCGCCAUGGAGAGUGAUGAGCCUGCGUCACAGCGGCGCGGACGUCGGCAGCGGUUGCUUCGUCUGACACUCACCGACGGCUUCACACGCGUCAUCGCGGUCGAGGACUGCCAGAACGGCUGCGAUGCGCUGCGUAACGGCGUUGCCUUGGGGGCUAAAUUGCGAAUUGCCGCACCUCUGCGGAUACGUCAAGGCGCGCUGCUCCUCACCACGGAGAGCACGGUGCAUUUGGGGGGAUUUGUGCCGGAACUGCAGGAGUUCUGGAUGAAGCACGCGGCGGCGAUGCUUGAGCAAAUGUCUGGAAUGCCGCGAAGGCGUGAGGUGACAGGUGUGCCACCUAACACCGUCGCUCCUCCCCCGAAUGAGUCGGUGCACGAUCAGGCUGCUAUGGCUAUUCAUGAACCUCAUAACCACCACCAGCAGCAGCAGGUGCAGGUGCAGCUGCAGUCUGCCGUUUCGGGGUCUUUGCAUAGUAACGGAGCUGUAGUCGGUUCAAUUCCGGUGUUGCAGUUACAGCCGCUCUCCGCGUGGCCGUCGCAUCACCCGCCCAAUGCUCCCUUCGCCACGCUGGCAAUCAUCAGCGAAGUCACAUCUGAAUUGACGAUGCGCGAGGACGCCGUGCAUUGCGGUGGCGGCUCGCUGCUGUUCUCACUNCUCGUCCUACUGACACCACCGCCGCCACCAGGAGCAGAAGCAGAGGCAAUCGGAAGCAGCACCAGUAUUGGGGACGAUGGCGGGCUGGUGGUGGACCUGGGUCACCGUUUUCUGCGGCAAGUGCUCCGCAUGGACCCCGACGCGUUCCGCGCACUCUCCGCCUCGCGCCUCCCCGACGACGUGGCGCGCCUCGACGCGUUGGUGGAGAGCAUUGGCCGGGAGCUAGAGAACUUCGGUGUGGCGCGCUUCGUGCUGCAGCAGCGUGAGGCGGACGGCAUCAUUGAAGUUGUGGAAGCGACGCGGCAGCAGUCCGUAUGA